AUGCCGCGGGCACCGGGCGAGCAGCCACCAAACAUCUACUAUUCGCCUACCCAGCGCCAGCGCCAACAGUAUCGAGCACAGCAGCAAGCCGUAUUUCAACCAUCCCCCAUCGCGACCGCCUACCCCGCGUCCACACAGUACAACUCACCGGUCUCGCCGCUUGGUACUCCAGGGACCAUCUCACCGGUCGCCUCCAAGAACCGCCCCUUGUAUGUCCCCGCCGUGUUGCGCCCGACCGAGUUUCCGUCCAAGGAACCGCCCGUCCGCGCAAAGCCACAAGAUGAUGACUUUGUCGACCCUGUCGAGCAAGGCUUGCGGCCCAACAGCAGCUUCAUGAGCUUGGGCGGCCUGAGCCCAUUCGGCCGACUCAGUAGGCGGUCGACCGCCGACAGCGCCAAAUGCGUCGACGGCAACUGGAAUCUCGACCGGUUCCCCAAGCCCACCGGCGCACCCACUCGCAAGCAUUGGAAGCCCGACCACGAGUCCACCAUGUGCGAUCAUACCACCUGCAAGCGAUACUUCAGCUACUUCACGCGGCGCCACCACUGCCGCAGAUGUGGCAACAUUUUCUGCGACCAGCACAGCGCCUUCGAGGUACCAUUGGACCAGGACGCCAACUUCAAUCCGCGGGGCGUCCCCAGCCGUGCGUGCGGCCACUGCUAUGCCCAGUUUAAGGAAUGGCGCAACCGGUCCGCCACCUCGCCGUCCCGCCAGCAGGACUCGCCCGAUGCCGACCGCCACCAGCAGCAGCAUCAGCAGAUCGACAGCCCCGCGACACCCCUCGCAGCUUCCCCGACCACAUCAGACCUCGGCGCUCUACCAGUUCACACACCUGGCGCGUUGGCCGCGCGUGCCCCGGAGGUGGCCCACAGCGUGCCGAGCGAUUGGAAUUGGAGCACAUUCUGA